AUGACAUCCCAGAAUAAUAGUAAUAAGUGUCGAGGGCGGCCCAGUGCCUGCGUUUCUGAAGACCAGCCUGAGACCCCAAGAGAUUCUAGAGAUCUCAUUAAUGCGGCAACACGCCUCAUCGAGGCUUUCACUAGUGGACAAACGGCAACGCAGGUACAAGUUCCACACCUGACUGCCUUUGACCGCUUCUGCAAACAGCACCCUCCGCUGUUUGAUGGCAAGGGUACUGAAAUAGAUGCCGACAAUUGGCUCGAACGCCUCGAAAAUAUCUUCAAUGUGAUUCCGUGUACGAAAAAGCAAAAGGUGGAGUUUGCAGUUUAUAAUUUGGCCGAUGUAGCCAACGGGUGGUGGAAGGCCACUCGUGGACUCCUUCAACAGGAGUUGGGACAAACCGCCCUGAUCAUGUGGAAUAAAUUCAAAGAGGUCUUUAAUGAUCGAUUCUUUCCGUUAUCUGUCCGAGAGGCUAAGACCAGGGAGUUUGCUAAUCUGAAGCAGGGAGCAAUGACAGUGAGGCAGUAUGCCUCUAAAUUUGUAGAACUAUCAAGGUUCGCCCCUCAUCUAGUCCUUACUGAGUCGCUAAAGGCUGAAAAGUUCGAGCGAGGUCUGAACCCUAGGAUCAUGGACUCUCUCCUUGCACUGAAAAUAAGAAAAUUUGCCGACCUAGAGGAUCGAGCUGUGAUUCUAGAGGAAAAUCUGCACGUUCGAACGGGAGAGUUUAAUCAGAAGAAAAGGCAAUUUUUGGCCUUUGAGCAGAGUAAAGGCAAAAGGCCGAUGUAUAGCCAAACGCCCAAGCCUCUUCAGAUGGUCAAGGCCUCUCAGCACAGUAUAGUGACACCUUGUCAUGCUUGCCACACCUGUGGCAAGCCUCAUGCUGGAAAGUGUUUGAUGGGAACCAACACCUGCUUCAAGUGCGGUAAAGCAGACCAUAUAGUAUGA